AUGCCAAUUGUUGCAGCUGAAGAAAGUACUGCCGCUUCAGACAUACCUGCCCGACCGGGCGGGGACGCAGUGGAAAUGCCCGCCACCGCCGCAGCAGCAACAGGUUCUGAUGGUGCUGCUGAUGGUGCAUGCCAACACCAACAGCCCAGCACGGAGGACGAAGCACCUGUGGCUGAGCGGACAGCAUCAGAAGGGGGGCCUUCAGAGCCACCAUUUGCAGAUGGGGACCCUUCAGCAGCAGCCGAAGAGAGAGCAGCAGCAGAGUUGGCGCUCGCAGUGGGAGGCGGUGUGCAUGCACCUCAAAUAACGGGACUGUCUGCGGAAACUACUGCAGAGGCGAACAGGGAGGUUGCAGAGACGCUCCGCUCAGAGGAAGUAGCGGGCUCACCAGAAGAGACCGAGGCGGGGGAACAUCUUCCCCAUGAGCCAAAGCAAACCAUUCCAAGACUCAUGGGUAGGCAGAUGUGGCGGCCGCGGGGUCAGAGACUCAGCUUCGGCCGUCUGUGCAAAGGCAACGCUGCAUCGGGAGGCUGUGUAGGCGACAGCGCUGCAGCAAAGAAGCGGUGGGAGCAGCAUCAGCAGCAGAAGGAAAAGCAGAGAGAAGCCCGCGAUUUUGAGAAACAAGCCCGGGCAAUUAAGGAGAAGGUACGGGUGCAACGCCGCAAACAAAGGGAGGCCAAGCGGCAGCGCAAGAAAGAAAACGAAAUGAAGAGCGCCAAAGUGCAGGUUAUCAAAGAUACCACAAAAAUCAGAAAGUGGAACAAACAAGCCAGAAGACAACUCGUUAAAAUGUCACCAGAGAUGAUCAGACAGCUCUAUGGUGUACAGCUAUGA